CCCGCGGAUUGGUCAGGAGGAGGAGCGUGGUGGGCGUCAACUUGAGGGCCGAGUCCAAGAUGGCGUCGUCUGAGGCGAGUGGGAGAUUCAGGAGUACGAUGAGUAAAAGCAAGGACCCUUCCGGCCUCCUCAUCUCCGUUAUCAGGACACUGUCCACUAGCGAUGAUGUCGAAGACAGGGAAAACGAGAAGGGCCGCCUGGAAGAGGCGUAUGAGAAGUGUGAUCAUGAUCUGGACGAGCUGAUUGUGCAGCACUACACUGAGCUCACGACUGCCAUCCGCACCUACCAAAGCAUAACAGAGCGCAUUACCAACUCGCGCAACAAGAUCAAGCAGGUCAAGGAGAAUCUGCUGUCUUGCAAGAUGCUUCUGCACUGCAAGCGUGAUGAGCUGCGCAAACUGUGGAUCGAAGGCAUCGAGCACAAGCAUGUCCUGAAUUUGCUGGAUGAGAUUGAGAACAUCAAGCAAGUGCCCCAGAAGCUGCAGCAGUGCAUGGCUAGCAAGCACUACCUUACAGCCACAGAUAUGCUGGUGUCAGCAGUCGAUUCCCUGGAAGGACCUCUCCUUCAAGUGGAGGGACUGAGUGAUCUGAGACUGGAACUUCAUAGUAAGAAGAUGAAUAUGCACUUGGUCCUCAUAGAUGAACUGCACCGCCACCUUUACAUCAAAUCUACCAGUAGGGUUGGGCAGCGGAACAAAGAAAAGGGGAGAGUAAGUUCGCUGAAGGAUGCCUCUCCUGGGCCUCUUCUUGAUGUAACUAACUUGUCCACUCCUCGCAAGUUUCUUGAUGCCUCUCAGUUUGGUACCCCGGGAAACACCAGUGGGAGAGAUGCCAGUUUGAUUGAAAUUAAAGACGAUUUGGACCUGGAUCCUGAAGAGAACAGCUUGAUCUUCAUGGGCAUCCUCAUCAAAGGCUUGGCCAAGCUGAAGAAGAUCCCAGAGACAGUGAAGGCCAUCCAGGAUCGUCUGGAGCAAGAACUAAAGCAGAUAGUUAAGAGGUCUACUACUCAAGUGGCUGACAGUGGCUACCAGAAGGGGGAGAAUGUCACCCAGGAAAAUCAACCUAGGUUACUUCUGGAACUUCUAGAACUUCUUUUUGACAAAUUCAAUGCUGUUGCUGCUGCUCAUGCUGUUGUCCUGGGGCACCUUCAGCAGACCGUGGCUUCUCCUUCCAGUCAGUAUGAUGGUGAUAUCAAGUUGUAUGACAUGGCGGAUGUGUGGGUCAAGAUCCAGGAUGUCUUGCAGAUGCUGCUUACAGAGUACUUGGAUAUGAAAAAUACACGGACAUCCUCAGAGCCAUCAGCUCAGCUUAGUUAUGGCAGCUCGGGACGGGAAUUUGCAGCAUUCUUUGCCAAAAAGAAACCUCAGAGACCUAAAACCACCCUCUUCAAGUUUGAGUCAUCUUCCCACGCUAUUAGCAUGAGUGCUUAUUUGCGGGAACAGAGGCGGGAGCUCUACAGCAGGAGUGGUGAACUUCAAGGAGGACCUGAUGACAACUUGAUAGAAGGCGGAGGAACAAAGUUUGUCUGCAAGCCUGGAGCCCGAAAUAUCACUAUCAUCUUUCACCCGCUUCUAAGAUUCAUUCAAGAGAUUGAGCAUGCUUUGGGUCUCAGUCCAACCAAGCAGUGUCCCCUCCGGGAAUUCCUCACCAUGUAUAUCAAGAACAUCUUUCUGAGCCAAGUCUUGGGAGAAAUCAACAAGGAAAUAGAAGGGGUCACCAAAAUAACCGACCCACUGAAAAUACUGGCCAACGCGGACACCAUGAAGAUGCUUGGAGUGCAGAGGCCUCUCUUGCAGAGCACAGUAAUUGUGGAGAAAACCGUCCAAGACCUCAUGAACCUGAUGCAUGACUUAAGUGCGUACUCCGACCAGUUCCUCAACAUGGUUUGCAUUAAACUCCAGGAGUACAAGGACACUUGCACCGUGGCCUACAGGAGCAUUGUUCAAUUUGACGAAAAGCUGGUUAUCAGUGCCUCUUGGGCAAAAGAUGACGAUAUCACCCGACUCUUGAAGUCUCUUCCAAACUGGAUCAGCAUGGCCCAGCCCAAACAACUGAGACCAAAGAGGGAGGAAGAAGAAGACUUUGUCAGGACUGCCUUUGGCAAGGAGUCCGAAGUGCUCAUUGGGAACCUGGGAGAUAAGCUGAUCCCCCAGCAAGAGAUCCUCCGUGAUGUCAGUGACCUGAAGGCCUUGGCCAAUAUGCACGAAAGUUUGGAGUGGCUCUCUGGACGUAUGAAAGCAGCGUUCUCCAACCUUCCAGUAGCACAGACAUCACCUGGCCAAGAUGGACAUGCCAACACGGAUCUCCCACCCGUAUCAGACCAGAUCAUGCAGACCCUCACUGAACUGGCCCGAUCCUUCCAGGAAAUGGCUGACCGCUGCUUACUGGUUCUGCACCUGGAAGUCAGGGUUCACUGCUUCCACUACUUGAUCCCCUUGGCCAAGCAGGGAAACUAUGCCAUUGUUGCCAAUGUGGAGAGCAUGGAUUAUGACCCUCUGGUGGUGCGCCUCAACAAGGACAUCAGCGCCAUUGAAGAAGCCAUGAGCGCCAGCCUUCAGCAACACAAGUUCCAGUACAUCUUUGAAGGUCUGGGCCACUUGAUCUCCUGUAUCCUCAUCAACGGGGCCCAGUAUUUCAAGCGCAUCAGUGAGUCGGGCAUCAAGAAAAUGUGUCGAAACAUCUUCAUCCUCCAGCAGAACCUGACCAACAUCACCAUGUCACGAGAGGCCGACCUGGACUUUGCAAGGCAAUACUACGAGAUGCUGUACAACACUGCAGAUGAGCUGCUAAACCUGGUGGUGGACCAAGGAGUGAAAUACACGGAGCUGGAGUACAUCUAUGCACUGAGCUUGCUCCACCGCAGCCAGACUGGCGUCGGGGACCAAACCACCCAGAACAUGAGGCUCCAGCGCCUGAAGGAGAUCAUCUGUGAGCAAGCGGCCAUCAAGCAGGCCACCAAGGACAAGAAGAUCACCACCGUGUAGCCCCAAUCCUUUCCAUGGUGGAAGCUAAGUGGGAGGAGGUGGCCUGGGAAGAGGGUUGCUUUACUGUGCUUCAGAAUGGCAUAUGCUUGAUGGCAAUUGAUUAUUAUUAGGCUUUGAGGGGAGGGGGGUUCAGUUAGAGUAAACUUUGGUCCUCCGGGUGAGCCAAGGUUUGCUCAUGUCUGCAUUUGUUCUAAGAAGAUGUAUAAGAUUCCCAAGUGUUGCUUUCCGAGAUACAAAUGUUGGGUGAUUUGUUUAUUUUUGAGUUUUGUGGAGGGAAAACAAAAGCAGAUUGAAUUUGCUCUGUUCGUAUGGCCCAGCGGAGUCUAUAGCAUUGAAGAUUGUUCAUUAAAAAAACAACUCAAGCCCAAAUUCAGUCCUAGCUGUGAACAUCAGAGGAAGGCAAAGAAUCCCACACCAACAGCGUAGCUUUUAAUGUUGCUGGUGUUAUUUGUGACAUGCAGCUACAUUUAUUCCCAGGAAGCUCUUUUAAGGAGGUUUCCCACCAUUUUGAAAGGUAUUUGAUUGGUCUAUAAAGUGAACCUGGCAAAAUUCAUGCCAGAAGAUGGAAAACGGGGAAGGAGUGUGCAGCAAACAAAUAACCUUAGUGACUUUGGAUUUAUAUCACCCCUUAUGCAACAGAGCAAGGAUGUUAUAGUGUACCAAAUUAUAAAGCACUUACAUGAAAUGCAAUCAACUUCAGUUGCCUUAUUUGAAGCAGUCAACUGGAAUCCACCACGCUUAUCUCUCAGAGUUGGUGGUUAUGUAAAGGAUUUCCUUUAGUUUCUCUCUUCCACUCAAAGACAGAACGUGGAAGUUUACGGCUGUCUUACAAACAAGGACGCUUCCCCCUCUGCAACAGAUCUAAGAGGUCCUCUUAUGUGGCAGAUCUAAUCUAUGCAGACCACAUUUGACCAAAUUUCCAUUUUAGAUUGGUCCCAUAAUCCUCUCUAAUAUUUUGCCACUGUGUGCUGAACUAUCUCUCUGGAAGAAUCUAGAUUUCCCCCAAUUCUGUAAAAGCUACACCUUGUCAAAAUGCACAGAACUAUUACCUAGACAUCCUUAAGCACAUCCUUGCUCUAAGUAGCUCAGAUCUCCUUCUAACAAUGUCACCAUGGUACAGUUUCUUUCAGCAGAGGCUUGGAGGAGCCAGGCUCACAAACCCUUAGCUCUCUUUCACCUUUUGAAGCCCAGUGAGUUCUUCAUUCUUAGCAAAGUGUAAGUAAAAAAGCACCAGCCCCGGGACAGAGCCUUGGUCUUUCAGUGGCGGGCCUAUCUUUCCUCUCUCCAUACUGGCUGCCCAAUGCCGCCACCUAUAGCUUGAAGCUGAAAUCUGGUGUAGCCUGGUUCUGUGUUCUCUUUUCCAUUGCUGCUUGUGCUGUUUUCCUCUUGGCUCGACUGGAAAAUUAAAGGAUAAUUUUGGAAACAUUAA